AGCCAACCCCUACAUUCAUCAGUGAUUCUGAUCCGUCUCUACGACAACAAGGCAUACACAAAUAGGGUCUCAUUGUCCCAGUUGAAGCCAUUCAGAUGCCACUUACAGCCGUGCCGAGUCCAGAACUGAUGGGUGAAUAAUCUCUCACCACAUUUGAAGUGACCUUGACUUCUUUUACCAUGCCAACCAAAUCCAGGUCUCAAAGUUCUCGGCCUGCCAAGAAAACUAGGGGUCCAAAAACACCCAAAAAGAGGUCGCCCAGUGCCAAAUCCACCAAGACAGAGGUGGACCUCCUCAGCCCAGCAGCCAUGGAGAACGUCUACUACAUUUCCCACAAUGCAAUGGACUGUCUGCACUUCAGAGGCUUUGGAUGGCCAAAUUCAAAUAAGAAGAGAACAAAGCGCAAGAAGAAAAAGUAAAUUAUUAUAUAUUCUUUUGCCAAAUAUAAUGAAUAUUCUAAAUAUUUGCCUAAAAUGUGUAACAUUAAUGGUGCCAUCUUGUGUACACUUUUAUUGACAACCCAUGUGUACCAGGUACUUGGUGCUAGAACCAGUGCAAAGCAGAUUUAAAAAUGUAUGUAUUGUCUUUUUCCAAAAAACAGAAAUGUGCCAAUCGAACUUUACUUCAUUCACGAGGCAAACACUUCUUAACAGCAACUUUAUUGUAAGCUGAAUAAUUCAGAUUCACGAAUGUCAAGAUUUGGCAGUUCUUUUUUACACCAGAAGCUUGUCAAGGAAAACCUUUUGAUUAUGUGGAAUACAACAGAAGAGAACAACUGAAUGCUUUAUUACAAUUCCCUUUAAAGAACAUUGUGUACACCUAAUGUGAAUAUAAUGAAUGUUAUGUGCAAGUUAUCACACCAGAGUGCAUCAUAGAAAAGGCAACAGUGCCAUACUGGACCCAAAGUGUUCCCACCAGUCAGUUGUUAUAUUCUUUAAAUCCAGUUUUUGUACAAUUUCUUAUAAAAAUAGGCUACAAUGAGAACAUGCCUAUAAAACUAAGGUUAGAAAUAAGUGUGGUUCCAGGCACUGUUAAUAUUCUCAUAUACAUUUUACAUUAUCAAAUGUACUCAUUGUAACAUAGCCAUGUCAAAUAAAUAGUUUCUCUCCA